AACAGUAAACUUCACGCCUGCUAUGCCGAAUAGACGGUCGCAAAUCAAUGUAAAAUCAUCAAGCUCCCCUAAUGUAUAUAGCACUUAUUAAUAAAGGACGUCGUCAUCUCGUCACGGUAGCAGUUAGAUAAGGUCACCGGCUCGCUAGCUGCUCAAUGGCAGUAUAUUUUGUUCGUUGACCCGCGAACGGUUGCGUUGGCGCACGCCCGGACGUAAAACGCAUUUGCUCGCCGCUGUUACCAAAAUCUUGAUCUUCCUUUAGUACAAAUGUAAAUGUGUGAACAUUGAGAUCGGAUUCGUUUUAUUGGUGUCGUGCUGUUUUUUUUUUUUUAAGUUUUACACCAGUUUCUGACACUUUUUGGUUUGUAAGGACAUAAAAAUGGUUCCUAAUUUGAACUUGCUGCACGUAAUAUGUUUCGCACUGUUAUUCGAUAUGUGCGUGCGCACGCGUGCAGAAUUAUUCACCGCCAUAGCUGAAGUAGAACAUUUACUGGAAACACACAAGAGGAUAAUAGACGAUUUAGACUUUUAUAUUCAAAAGGAAGAAAACAGACUCGCAGUUCUAAAGAGGCAUUUGAAUAUCUACAAACACGAACAUGAAAAGGCGAUGGAAGAUAUUCCCAAUUACUUGGGCAAUCCAAUCAACGCCUUCACCCUUAUAAAAAGACUGACAACAGAUCUUGAUCAUAUAGAAGAUAGUAUUAAGAUAGGAACAGAAUACAUAAAGAAUAUAACAAUGAAUCAUGAAGAUGUGAAGUAUCCUGCUUUGGAAGACCUGACGGGAGCCGCACAGGCUCUUACCAGGCUUCAGGAAACUUACCACCUAGACGUUAAGGACUUGGCCGAAGGAAUGCUAAAUGGAGUCGCUUACAGUACGCCAAUGAGCGCGGGCGACUGUUACGAACUCGGUCGUGCAUUGUACAACGAGAAAGAUUUCGUGAAUGCGCGAGAGUGGAUGGUGCAGGCUUUGCGAAAGCUCAAGGAAGAAAAUGUGCCGUAUCCAUUCAAUGAGGUCGAUAUACUGGAGUAUAUUAGCUUCUCUUAUUAUUUGUUGGGUGACACUCGAAGUGCUUUGGAAUGGACACAAAAGCUGCUAGCAGUGGAUCCGAAGCACGUCCGAGCUAAAGGCAACGUGCCUCAUUACCAAAAGAGUAUUGCUGAAGAGGAACAAAGACUAAGGAAGGAACGUCGCGGGGAUACAGGCUUUGAGGAGAAUGAGGAAAAACCUGUAACUUUGACCGGCUACGCAAAGGAGAGGAAAGUUUAUGAGUCCCUUUGUCGCGGCGAAGUUGAUAUACCCUCCGCUAUUUCUAAGAGGUUGACGUGCCGUUACUUGACCGAGAACCACCCGUUCCUGCGCAUAGCGCCAAUCAAGAUGGAAAUGAUGUACCUUAAUCCCGACAUAGUUAUAUUCCACGAUGUCAUCAGUGACGGAGAGAUUGAAACUGUCAAGAAAAUGGCCAGACCUAGAUUCAAACGUGCAGUAGUUCACGAUCCGAAAACAGGUGAACUUGUACCCGCUCACUACCGUAUAAGCAAGUCUUCAUGGUUGAAAGACAAUGAGGCAGAGACAAUCGCGCGUAUCUCCCGUCGAGUGUCACAUAUGACUGGCCUGAGUAUGGACUCCGCUGAAGAGUUGCAGGUCGUUAACUACGGCAUAGGGGGGCAUUAUGAACCGCAUUAUGAUUUUGCUAGGAAACGAGAGAAUGCAUUCUCCAAACAUGGUGGCAAUAGGAUAGCUACUGUACUUUUCUAUAUGUCAGACGUAGCUCAAGGCGGUGCCACGGUAUUCACGGAGCUGGGUCUGAGCGUGUUCCCAGUGAAGAGAGCAGCCGCCUUCUGGCUCAACCUGCACCCGUCGGGCGAGGGCGACCUCGCCACCAGGCACGCCGCCUGCCCCGUGCUGCAGGGCUCUAAGUGGGUCAGCAACAAAUGGCUUCACCAAGGCGGCCAAGAAUUGCUGAAGCCCUGCAAUCUCGAGUACCAAGAAGAGGGAUUCAUUCGUCAGAUCCCACGCCCAGUGCCCAAGACCUCAAGGUAGACUUUCCUGUAUCAUGUCGAAUGUACAAACAGUACUGAUUAGUGCAAAUAUAGUGAUCUGAUUAGAGCUGAAAAUGGUGUAUUUGAUAACUACUGGGUAGCAUAAAUCUUUGUUUGGUAGAAAUAAGAAUGUCCCCACUUUUCAUGUUGAGAAUAUUUGCGAAAGGAGUUUUGACCGGUAUUGGUGACUUACAAUAGUUGACCGUACCACUUACGACAUUGUUGGUCAAAGCCAGUCAGCUUUUGUUCAUAAAUUGAAACGGUAUUCCAUUCCUAAUAUUUCGUUGUUAUUUCUUUUUAAAGUGUUUUUCUAAAUUACUGAAAUAUGUUUAUUCUAUGUAGUUAUCAGAUAUAUUUUCUUUUUAAGUUGAUUGAGUACAACAUGUUAUACUAGCCAUUGUAGUAUUUUAGUAUGUGUAACCGUGUUGUGUCAUGAUUUAGAACAAAGUUAUUUUUAAUCUUGCCUGAUAAUGAAUAUCUAAUCAAAUGGAAAAUAUAGAGGCUUCAGAGUUGCCGUUUGUCUUUAAUACUAAUGUAAUAAUUUAUUACCAGUGUAUUAUAAACAUAAGAAUUUAUAGUUUAAAUGAUUUUUAUUAAUAUUUUUAUAUGUUUAUGUAUGUAUAAAAAUAUUUAUAUGACAAAAUAAAAUAAUUGUUUAAUUAUACUUUGUAAGUUUUAUAGUAUGUAUCCAUGAAAACCAGUCAUUUAAUUUAGUUUUAAGUAACGGAAUAUAAAAAUGAUGUUCAGUCUCAUAAAA